AGGAGGAGGAGGAGGAGGAGGAGGAGGAGGAGGAUGCGCUGCUCUCUCAGCAACAAGAAGCAGCAGAAGUCAAACAGUGAUGUGAUGGAAACGCUGCAGGACUGAAAGGUGUGAAGCUUCCAUGCUGGAAUCUGCCCUGAAGAAGACGAGUUUAUCAGAGGAAGCUGAGGACAGGAAAGCUUCGGCUCCAGAUGGACUGUUUUCAGCAGAGAGCUGAGACUAGAUGCUGAUUUAUUUUUCUUAUUUCUUCCAAAGAAGUGGCGUGUUUCCAGCAGAAGAUGGAGUCUGCACGCUGUCUGGCUUUUUAAAAAAAACAAAAUGAAGUUUGGAGGCAGCAGCCGGAAUUCCAUGGCCGGGAGCUGAGGCUCAGCAGCAGCACCACAUGUUGCAUUAACGGAAAGUAACAUUUGGAAGCUGGUGGUUUAGGGAACAGAGACACGACGUGGACACAGCUCUUGACAGGAUGAAGUCUGGAAGCGGUCUCUGCACCCUGAACGUGGGCGGCCGCAGGUUCUCCUUCUCAGCGGAGCUGAUGAAGCGACUCCCGCUCAGCAGACUCAGCCGGCUGCAUCGCUGCGUGUCAGAGAGCGAGCUGCUGGAGCUCUGCGACGACUAUGACCGCGACAGGAAUGAGUUUUUCUUCGACCGCCACUCGGAGGCCUUCAGCUUCAUCAUGCUGUACGUGCAGCACGGGACGCUGCGCUUUGUGCCGCACAUGUGUGAGCUGUCCUUCUACAACGAGAUGCUGUACUGGGGCCUGGAGAGCGCCGACCUGCAGCCCUGCUGCCAGCGGCGCCUCGACGAACGAUUGUCCGACUGCUUUGUCCACUUCUUCCCCGAGGAGGAGCCCCGGGACCCCGAGGAGCCCCAGGGCCGUUGGCUGGAGAGGAUGAGGAGGACGUUCGAGGAGCCCACGUCUUCGCUGGCGGCACAGAUCCUGGCCUCUGUGUCAAUGCUGUUCGUGGUCAUCUCCAUGGUGAUGCUUUGUGCCAGCACUUUACCCGACUGGAAGACCACAGAGACCCUGGACCAGCACAGGAUCAUCGAGGCGGUGUGUAUCGGUUGGUUCACGGCGGAGUGUCUUGUGCGUUUCCUGCUGUCUCGGGAUAAGUGUGAGUUUGUCCGCCGUCCUCUGAACAUCAUCGACCUGCUGGCCAUCACACCGUAUUACGUCUCCGUGACCAUGACGGUUCUGACAGGGGAGAACUCCCAGCUGCAGCGUGCCGGGGUCACUCUGCGUGUCCUGCGCAUCAUGCGGAUCUUCUGGGUAAUCAAACUGGCGCGUCACUUCAUGGGCCUGCAGACACUCGGCCUGACGCUGCGCCGUUGCUACCGCGAGAUGAUGAUGCUGCUGGUUUUCAUCUGCGUCGCCAUGGCUAUCUUCAGCGCGCUAGCACAGCUUCUGGAGCAUGGCCUGGACCUGGAGACAGGGAACCAGGACUACGCCAGCAUCCCCGCCGCCUGCUGGUGGGUCAUCAUCUCCAUGACCACAGUGGGGUACGGGGACAUGUACCCGGUGACGGUGGCGGGCCGCGUGCUGGGCGGGCUCUGUGUGGUGAGCGGCAUCGUGCUGCUGGCGCUGCCCAUCACCUUCAUCUACCACAGCUUCAUCCAGUGCUAUCACGAGCUCAAGGUGCGCUCCGCCCGCUGCGCCCACAGCCUGUCUGCAGAGCUGAUCCACUGACCAGUGGCGGGGAGGGGCGGCACUCGGAGCUCAGCGCGCCGCACCUUUACUACAGCUGGAGAGCUGCCUCACCCGUUCAGGUGUGUCUUUUAGGAGCUGAAGGUUUGAACAGCCUCCUCAUACAGCAGGGGUUCAUCAAACAAACGAACGUAUUGAUUUAUGAGAAACUUGACUGAAAGUGUUUCCUUCAGCUUCACCAGCUGGCAGAACCUCAGUUUCUCUGUGGUUCAGCCUGGCGAGCUUUAAAAGGUGCACUGUGUAAGAGUUCACUUCAUACUCCAGAAAGAUCCCACACAUUAGAUUCAUUCUGCUGGUAACGGCCGUUAGCUAGUUAGCUCAGAUAGCUGUGCAGCUAACGGACAACAGAACCGUGCUCUGCAGCCUCCCAGUGAUCACGGCUGGACUGAACAGAGCCUCAGAGGCCGACAGAUGCCGGUCUGACAACAGGAAGUACAGUACGAGGUGGUUGACAGGACUCUGACCAGGACUCUGACUCUGGGGCGCGAUGAAGACUCGGUGGGAGUGAGUGAGAGGGAGAUUUAUGCUGACUGGUUAAUAAAAUGCUACAGUAGCACAAACCAAUAGCAGACGCUCUCACGACAGAAUCCUUUUCUAAUAAGAACACAGGGAGCAUAUUUUCAUGCUCUAUUACAGCAUAUUUAGUCUCGAUGCAUCGGUAUCGUGUGUGUGGAAACAGACCAAGACAAAGUGGGUCAUGUGCAGAACCGCUGAGUAGCACAUCUCGACAGGUAGCAUAAACUGACAGAACUUCAGGGAGGAGGAAAGUUUUCACUUCUGCCUCUCAGCUGCUGCUGUUUGUUGAACAGCUGAAAGACGGUUCUGUGAGUUUAUUUCCUUUCUGUGGAGUUUGGAUGAAGGGUGUUUUACGAUGAGUUAUUAUUAUUAAUAUUAUUUAGUUCAUUAAGAGACUCAGAAAGCUCAGACAGCUGGUGGAACAUAGAGAACUGAACCUACGGGGGGCUGAGCUGGACAGGACUGUCGCCGCUCCAGGUACAGAGUGGUGUUACAGGACGGGCUGCGGCUAGCUGUUAGCAUGCUAACUGUUUUUCUUCACAUCCUGUUGAUCAUGGGGUGUGUUUUAAAAAUCUUAUACACUGCACCUUUAAAAGAAACUCUGUAAUGACUACAAAGAUAUUAAUGUUGAAAUUUAAAGUUAAUUUAAAGCACUGAAAUAUUUUACUUUGAAAACCAUCAGUCUGAAUCAGACUCUGAAGUCACAGCCAGGCUUAUUUUUGGUAUUUAAACAGUACACAGUACAGAGUACACAGUAUAUAUACAGUAAACUACAUUUAUUAUUUUAGCUGACGCUUCUAUUCAAAGAGACUUACAGUUACUAUAUGUGUCAGAGGUCACAUACCUGUGGAGCAAGUAGGGGUUAAGGGUCUUGCUCAGGAACACAUUGGUGUCAGAGUGGGGUAUAAAUAUAUAUUUUAGGGUUCAUAAGUUCAGAUUAAAGAAUUCAAAAAGUAUUUACAGUUCACAAAACGUCAGAAUUUCUGCUGUAAAUGCUGCAUUUAAACAUGGGGGUCUACGGGACUGACCGGCCUUCAGGGCCAGACUCUGGUGGUCACUGGAGGAACUGCAGGUUUUGGCUUCAGAUUGUUGCUUGAUUAAUGAUGUAUUAACAAUGUAUUGAUAAUGUAUUAAUAGAUUGAUGUGGCCCCUCCUAUCAGGUCCUGUACCAGUUCUUCUAACAGAUCCAGGGUUUCAUUCUGUCACAGGUAUUUAAAGUAAAAUAUUUUAGUGCUUUAAAUUCAUGUAAAACAAAUCAAAUCUUUCUGUUUGCUCCCAUAAAAGUGGAAAAACUUCCCUUUAAAUGUGAUGAAUGACGAACACCAGGUCUGUUCUGGGACUCUUCAUGAAUCCAGACCAGAACCAGGUAUGGUCUGAAGGAAACAGAAACACCAGCUGAUCUCCUGUAGCACCCCCCUCAGGACCAGCACUCUGGGGUGUAACCGGACCUGUUGGGAACGGCUGGACACCGUCCAUUGUUUCCAUGGCAACAGCAGACUCAGAGACAGGAAAUACAAGUGUUGGACACAUUUGAAUGUCAGGACAGCGGAGCUGCUGGAGUGUGAAUCAUCUCGCUGAAGACACUUGUUGUAUUUCUUCUCCUUUGGUGUGAAUUUCUGCAGGGUUCAAACCAAAGCACAAUCCAGUACUGUCCCUUUAAGCUCCCCUUUAAAUGUGCAUCAAUAAAUCCAGAUCGGUUCUUCAUUAAAGAGCAGUUGGGUGUUUUUGACCGGCAGAAAACUCGUCUUUGCGUCACCUGGAAGGACUCACCUGAGUCCGAAAAUUUAAACCGGUCCCCAUUCCAGAGAAGCUUA